AUGAAAUUCUCGCUCCCUUUCUGUCUUGCUCUCGUUACAUACAUCACGCCUGCCUUGGCUGAUGGUGUGGCUGCGGAGGUGAAUAUCAAAUACAUAGAUGGAGGAGAAGAUCCAAUUAGUAUCCUCCCCGAUACUGGCUGUUACGACACUGAUUAUCCCACUACAAGUGUGAGAAGCAUUGAUGUCAGCCAAUUAGGAGAUGAUCGCCCUAAGUGUAUCUUUUACACGGAACCGGGCUGCCAGGGAGACGACUGGACUAUCGAAGUCCCUAAGACUGCCGAGGACGGAAAGAAGACGCAGAGGUUCAGCAGGCCAUUCUAUGUGGCUAGCUUGGAGUGUUUUAAGGCUGAGUAG